UAUAUCAAGGACGUUUUCACUUUAUACUUGGCAAAAAAUUUUCAGCAUACGUUGCAGAACAAUUCUAUGGUUGACAGGAAAUUUGAACCAUAACCUAUAUAAAAUAUUAGCAUAUAAUAAGCAAAUAUUAUAUGUACGGAUAAUAAGUAAGGAAUGAGAGGAUUAGCCAGAAUAUGCAGUAUAUUAUUGAUGAUUUUUGAAGUAAUUAGUUGCAGCAAUUCCAAUAAUACUUGUGCCAGCAACAGAGAAAAUGACUGUAAUUUUGUUAAAAUCAAUAAAUAUUCUCAGAAUGCAUACUUAAAAUACCAUAAAUAUUUAACAUUAGUUGAUGAAGCUAAAGGAAAAUAUAAAUCAUGUGAACCUACUAAAUGCUCCUGUUUUACUUCUGUAAUUUCUGAAGACCUAGAACCAUUUAAGAAUGGAAUAACAAAAUCAAUGCUACAGGAAAUAAAAACAAAAGGUACCAAGUAUCAAAUAAUUAACCAUCAACUAUACCGUGAUGAAUCAUGUAUGUUUCCUGCAAGAUGCCAUGGCAUUGAACAUUUUUUACUUGAACUUCUUCCUAAACUAGAAGAUGUUGAGUUUAUAGUGAAUACGAGAGAUUGGCCUCAGUUACACAAACGUUUGGGAUUAAUAGCUCCUAUAUUGUCAUUCAGCAAGACAUCUGAUUAUUAUGAUAUAAUGUAUCCAGCAUGGUCAUUCUGGGAAGGAGGACCAGCGAUUAGUUUAUAUCCAAGAGGAAUAGGAAGAUGGGAUCUGCACAGAAAAAAAUUGGGGAAAAUUGGUAAUAGCACUAAAUGGUCAGAUAAGAUACCAAAAGCAUUUUUCAGGGGUUCAAGGACGAGCUCAGAAAGAGAUCCGCUAGUACUUUUAUCUAGAGAAAAACCAGAUAUUGUUGAUGCUUCUUACACUAAAAAUCAAGCGUGGAAAUCAGAUGCAGAUACUCUUCACGCCCCACCUGCUAAGGAGGUAUCAUUUGAAGAGCAUUGCCAGUACAAGUAUCUCUUCAACUUUCGAGGAGUUGCAGCUAGUUUUCGUUUCAAGCACAUGUUUUUAUGUAAAUCUCUAGUGUUCCAUGUAGGAGAAGAAUGGCAAGAAUUCUUCUAUCAGUCUCUCAAACCGUGGUUUCAUUACAUCCCUAUAAGAGCAAAUGCAAACAAAGAAGAAAUUCAGGAACUACUAGCCUUUGCUGUUAACAAUGAUGAAGUUGCUAAAGAAAUAGCUGAGAAUGGUUACAACUUUAUUUGGAAUCACCUUAAAUUAUCAGAUGUACGAUGCUAUUGGAAAAAAUUAAUCAAAAAGUACACCAAAUUGUUAAAGUAUAAGCCAAUCCUUGAUAACACUUUAAUCGAGAUUAGAGAAAAGUAAUAUUUUGUUUUAUAAAAAUAAAGCAAUUUGCAUAAUGCAAAACUAGAAAAUGUUGGUAUUAAAAUGAAAGUUCAGGUUUAUCUCCAUAAAGGAUAAUUCUAAAUGUAAUGUCUCAAUCUCCUUUCUUUUAUCAUAUUUAUAAGUAGUCAAAACAAAAUAUCAACAAACCAAUUACUGUAUGGUGUAGUCAUUUUCAGUUAUAUCGGCCGUUUUCCAGAUUUUCAGACUUCUAAAAAGAUUUCUAUGUGAUUCUAGUUUCUUGAGCUUUGUUCUAUGGUUCAUUCUAAAGUGGAAUCUUUAAUCUCCUGGUGUUUGUUGGUUAGGGGUAGUAUUUGUUUCUUGGUUAUAGCAUUGGCCGGAAUUUCUAUAUUGAUUUUGAAACUUUAAGGACAGUGGCUGUUGCAUGAUGUGAUUUUUUGUUUCAUUGAUUUUAUUCUCGUUUUAAGCUAUUUAAUAGAAAAUAGGUGAUCUCAUAUGUUCUUUUUGACAGAAUAUAGAAAUGUGUGUGUUUUUGAUGUCCGCCCAUUUUAUAUAUUUUAGUCUCUUGUUAAGAUACUAAGAAAUGAAGUUUGUGAAAAUUUAUUUACAUUGUAAAAUUUAAGUUUUAUUAACAUGACAAAAUUAAUUUAGUAAUUUAAUGAGACAAUUGGAUACUGUUAGAUAUCCGCUUUAAUGAGAUACCUGUGAUUUUUAAUUAUAUUUUAUUAAUAUGUUAUAUAAUAAUCUCAAUAUGAAGUUAAAUUCACAGUAUUAUUUUGCACUAAUACACUAAAUUCUUAUGACUAACCCUUAACUUCAAUUUUUAAUGAAUUUAUGACAAUAAUAUAUAAUAAUCAUUGAGGGUAAUUGUGACAAUAAUAUCAUUAAGGGUAAUUUUGACAAUAAUGUAGAAUGUAAGUUUGUUUAAUAUAUGAAACUAUUUUAAAUAAAUGUUUAUAUGCAUGUUAUAUAAGAAAAGAUGUGGAUCCCCAAUAAAACAUAAAGAUAUGAUGUAA